AUGGAAGGCUUUUGGCAACGUUAUUGCGGUAUGGGUGUGCGUGCAUUAGAAGAGCAACGACCAUCUACAUUAGCCCUCUUAAAGAGCAACGACGGUAGUAAUACAAUAGGAAAGUGUGCAGUCGCCUUCUUAACCGACGAGUUAGCCCAACCUAGCCUUCCGUGGUGGGACAGCAGCACUUCUCCUGAAUGGUUUCACGAGAGGAAAUAUUCGACUAUCCAGCUAGAGUGGCAAAUUCAGACGAGGAAUUUGUGGUUGGGAGAAUCCUUGGGGUGCGGCACCAUCAACCCAGAGGUCCUAGUAACACUUAACGAGUUUCAGUCUAGACCUUGCUACUGCGGUCGGAUAAACCCCAGCUACAUUAGUGAUGACAUCGGCUAUCUAAAGUGUGCGUGCUCCAAUGGUUACGAGGGUAACCCAUACGAUGUACAAGGAUGCAUAGAUAUUAAUGAGUGUGAAAAUGGACGUCCCAAUCCAUGUGAUAGCGACGAAACGUGUCUAAAUACUCUAGGAGGCCAUCACUGCCUAGUCAAGAAGAAGAAUCAAAACUGGCCAAAUCUAUUUAGAUAUCACUCGAGAAGUUUCAAAGUCUGCCAGCUUAGCUCGAUGCUUGUGGUCAAGCAUAAUGUUGGCGGUCUUGACAUCCUUGUGGUAAAUGGGACACGUACUCCCGGAUACCUUGACCCGGAGUAUCACCAGUCCAGCCGGUACACGGAAAAGAGUGACGUCUAUAGUUACGGUGUGGUUCUUGAUGAACUCAUCACUGGAGAAGAGUCUUACAUCCUCCAACCGCCUCAACAUCCCAAGACUUUAGCAACUAACUUCCUCUGUGCCAUGAAAGAGAAGCGACUUCUGGACAUCAUCGAUCCCCGAAUCAAAGACAACUGCACUUUGGAACAGGUCAAGGUUAUGGCCAAGAUUGCGAGGCUAUAUAUGUCUAAAUCGGAAGGGGGAGAAACGACCAACCAUGAGCAGUAUUAUAAUGGAGCUGGAGAGGAUUGGUUCCUCACAUGGAGAUUCACAGGCACACCACAUACUGGAAACUGA